AUGGCCACUGAUAAUGAAGAGCCUCGUCGCCAAAAAGUAAAGAAGAGACCACGAAAACGACGCGCUACUGUCUACGAUGCCGUCCAUCGCAAAGUCGCUCGAACCGGUCUAAUAGCCCACAUCCGUGAUCCAAAGGCAUCCAGGAAACCACUGCGCCCGGAUGAGGUUCUCUUCAAGCGAAAGAAUGCUCCUAUGCGAUACGAGGAAGACGAUUACUACCCUGCACACUCCAAGUUGCCUGCAAACCAAAAACUUCCCAGUGGCGACCUCGCAGAUGUAUUGAGGACCUACGUAUCAACACUAUGGGCCAGGACUAAGGGGCCCCGCAUGAUGCAAAGAACUUGGAGAGGUAUGGACGAAUCUGCGCUUAUCGCUCUAAGUAUCCUGAUGGAAGAGACUGCUCGAGGCGCGCUAGGUGAGACGGGCGAUCUAGCUUUUACUGAGGCAGCCGAGGAAGACGAAGAGCAGGUUCUUGCUCGUCAGAAGCAGUGGACUCAGGGUACUGGUGGUAAGAAAGAAGGAGCUAUCGUUAGAGCCAAGAAGAAAGCCCAGGCUAGUAAAGAGAAGCAGCGCGCGAAGGAAAGGGAACGCCUAGAAACGUGGACUUCGUCUGACGAGGAGUCACGUGGCGACUUGGCAGAGGAAGAGCUGGAGUGA